UUCUUAAAUUUAGUCUUUCAGUCGAACAAGACCACUAAGAUUAUUUUCUUUUUUCUUAUAUAAAAAUGAGGUUUUGUUCAUUUUUCUAAAAAGGGAAAAAGAAGAAGAGAUAUCUCUUCUUUUGGUUGAGCCAGCUGAGGGAAAUAAAGCCAGGGUUUCCAUUUUUAGGUCAUAUUGGGGAAACUAAAGAUGGGAAGAGGGAAAGUGGAUGUGAGGCGUAUAGAAAAUAAGAUAAACAGACAAGUGACUUUCUCUAAGAGAAGAGGUGGUUUGGUGAAGAAAGCUAAUGAGAUCUCAGUGCUUUGUGAUGCUGAUGUCGCUUUGAUUAUUUUCUCUAACAAUGGCAAACUCUUUGACUUCUCUUCUGAUUCUUGUAUGGAGAGGAUUCUUGAUCGAUAUGAAAGAUACUCAUAUGCAGAGAGACGUUUUCUUGCAAGCAAUUCUGAAGCAUCCGUAGAGAAUUGGAGCUUGGAAUACACAAAACUCAAGGCUAAGAUUGUUCUUCUGCAAAGAAAUCAGAAGCAUUACAUGGGAGAAGAUCUGGAGUCAUUGAGCUUGAAGGACCUCCAAAACUUGGAGCAACAGCUUGAUAGCUCUCUAAAACUUAUCCGAUCCAGAAAAAAUCAGCUCAUGCAUGAGUCUAUAUCUGAGCUUCAUAAGAAGGGAAAGGCAAUACAAGAGGAAAAUAACAUGUUGUCAAAGAAGAUGAAGGAUAAGGAGAAGACAAUAGGACAGCAGGCUGAAUGGCAAGAGCAAAAUCAAGUCUCUAGUUCGACAUCUUUCCUCUUCCCACAACAAAUUCCAUGCCUAAACAUCGGGAUGUUGUCAAUGGAAAGAACAAAUAUUAUUGGAGUGCUUGGGAGAAAUUAUGUUACCCUAAAAAUGAAACUGGAAUUGGCACAAGAAGUCUGAGUGAUAUUGCUAAUACUGUUGCUGUAAAAAGAUGGUGGCAAUUCAAAACCAAAAAAACCAUAUGGGUUGAUUUUCUCAAUGCAAAGUAUUGCCCCAGAAUGCACUCAGUUGGUAAGAAAUGGCAACCUGGUAAUUCACAAGCUUGGAAACAUUUACUUUGGGCCAGAGACAAGAGUGAGAAAUACAUACAGCGGCCCAUCAAUUCAGGUACUUGUAGUUUCUGGUGGGACAAUUGGACAAAGAUUGGCCCUAUUGCUCAUAUUUGUCAAAACUACAUCAAUAAAAGCAACUAUAGAGCCAAAGUGCAGGAUUUCAUGGCGGAUAAUAGGUGUAAUGGUCAUAAAUUGUACAGAACACUACCAAGUCAGGUAGCUCUGCACAUUAUAUGUA